AUGCUUUUCAGUCGUACGGUUAGAUCACCAGCAGAAUCGGACAAAGUGGUUCUCUUCAUUUCGCAAGUGUUAUUCCCCACAGCCGACGAUGUGAACAUGAAGACGAUGGCAUAUGCCAAGCUAGUCAGGGUUCUACCUCCUCUGGAACGACAAAUUGAUGCACUGCUGGCAUUCGAUGCAUCUUCGAGUGAACUCUCCAAUGGAGUGGUUUUAGCCGCCUAUGUGCUCCUCUACAAGGAUCUAAUUCGUCUUUAUGCGGUCUACAAUGAGGCAAUGAUUAAUAUUAUCGAAAAGUUUUUUUCCAUGUCGAAGAGGGACUGUCAGGAGUCGUUGCACAUCUACAAGGCCUUUCUUAAACGCAUGGAACAUGUCAAUCACUUCAUCAAAGUGGCUGAGGCCUGCGAGUUGCUUCAACUGCAGGAUGGUUUCGGUAAACAGUCGUUGAUUUUCAAGCCAGUGCCAGCCUCCGUGCUGAACGCGUUGGAAGGCCAUCUAGCCCAUUUGGAAGGCAAAAAAUUCAACGACUUAAGCAAAACUUCUCCCAGUGUCUCAUCACCACCAAUCACUGCAGCAGUCACAGGCGAUUUGGUUCAACUGCAAGACGUGUCGAAUCAGCAGAACCUCUCCGCUGAACAGCAGCGCAUCAUAGAGGAGGAACGACAGCGGCUGGAGGCGUUUGUGAGUGAAGCGCGUGCGAAGUGUCCUAACAUGACACCGGAACACGCAAGCUGCGGCAUAGACCUUCUACAAUUCUCUCUUGAUGCUGCCGGUGGCGGUGGUGCUUCCAAGGCUGCGACUUCAUACACUUUCUUUGACGACUUCUUUUUUGAACCUGUUUUGCCUACAUCUAGUAGUCACAUGGCUCUUUCUACUGCCACGAUGGCCCAACCACGUCCACUGUCUCAAUUUCUGUCAGAACCCUCCUCGAUUUCUGCAGUCGACAACUCCCAUAAUCUCUUCCUUCCCUCGAGUUCGGUGGUCUGGCCCACGACAACUACCAGUGGUGGUAACAUGUUGGCAUUAAAACCACCCACCAGUACUCUCACCACUGCUACAAGCGAUUUGGAUAGUCACUUGGCUGAAAUUGCUAGCCAGUUGGCAGUCUGCAACACAAACACCACGGCUGUGGGUGGUACUGUCAACUGGACGGGCCUUGGUAAGCCACAACAACAACAGCAGCAUCAGCAGCAGCAGCAGUUGGCUGGUGUAGGAAUGAAACCGAUGCCUGCUUCUCCAAUGAAUCCCUGGGCGACGCCGCGUGGGGUACUACAGCCUACUCCUGUGAACAAUCCCUCUUUGACAAAUCAGACGUUCAAUUCAAUGCCCAGGGCCCCACUUCAAACAAUCCAGCGUCAUCAAGCCCCGUACGCGUUAACUCAAUAUCCCGCAGGAGGGAUGAACAGCCAGGUUUCGGCGUUUUCACCACGUCCCAUCAACGUCCCCCCGAACCAGUCGGCGUUGCAACUGCAGCUGCAACAUCCACAGCUACAGCAGUCAUUACAAUUUCAGAACUUCCAACUCUCUCUUUCUCUCCAUUGUCCUCUCAACAACAUCCUCUGUUUUCGCUCACGAACUAACCCAAUCAGCAGCCUCAUAUCAGCCGAUUUAUUGGAAACGCAGAUUAUUGCUUCUUUGUUGAUCUCUACCACUCUCAUUGAUGCCAUUCCAAUGUCACGCGUUACCGAGAUUCGAAGUGUUGUUUAUCCUCUGCUCUUACAAGUGCCCCGGGUGUACCUAAAGGACGAAUUGUGGCCUCACGCAGGAUGA